GUUAAACAAAUGGAAUUAUCAGAGAUUGAUGAUGACCUAGUAACUUUUAAUUGGAAAGUAAACGUCCAGAAAAUUAAUUUCUCCAGAUAGCGAACAUUAAUCACCAUUUUGUCUGCGUACGUACAAUUAUCGUUUACCAAUUAACAACAAUGGCUCUGUGCAAGAAAGAUUAUCCCGUAGUUAAGAAGCCUUUCCACGUCCCAGAAUUGCGAGCAGUAGCUGACGUGCUUAAUAAUGGGCUGAAAGCGCAUUUCUCGGAGGUCCUCGUAGAAGUUGUGGAUUGUCCUGAUUUAACACAAGCACCAUUCCACCUUGCGAACAAAGGUCUGAAUGGAAAUCCGAAUUUGUUGGACAUUGGCGGUCCCAGCUUUUUGAUACCUCUGGUGGACAGGACAAAGGUUUACGACUUGAAAGACAUGGCCGAGAUCAGUGGAAAUAAACCGGCCUUCCUCAUCGGAGCCGGCGCCGGACCCUUCAAUCAUUUGAAAACGAAUUGCGAAGGGAUUUUUAAUAUCAACGUCGGGGAUGAAAUAAAACAGGAGAGCAGGAUCGGUAUGCUGAAUCGAGAGACUGGAUCUCCGAUGGAGUUGAAGCUGAACAACAGCAUAACCGAAUUCGGUCUCCUCGGUAAUCUGUACUCCUCGCAAGGCAAGGAGGGUAAGGUUUUGAAAGUGCACGCGGUGAAGCGCAUCGGAACUAUCGAUUUCAUCGCGAGCAUUCGGAGUGUCCUAAGUGAAGCUUACAAGUCGCAAGAUGGUAUAGUCGGCCUCGGUGGUACCUUCAUCAUAAAGAAGGGUUCUGCGAAGUUGCACAUAAUGCCGGACUUCUCCGAUACUCCCAUCGAAGACGAUGAAACGUUGAACAAGUGGUUGCAGUUUUUCAAUAUGUCAUCACCCUUAGUUGCUGUGGGAACGCUGGUAACGGGAACUUAUAACAUGGAUCUGAGGGAGCAGCACUUCCACAUGUUCAGCGAUCACGGAAACGCCGGUCAUUAUCACAUCGAUACGACGCCGGACGUGGUGGAGUACCUGGGUUACUUCAACGUGGCCAAUCACAUCUUUCGUGUAGACCAGCCGAAAACGGACGCGGCUUUCGGCAAAGAUUGAUCUUCGCUUAAUCCUUUUAU